AUGUUUGUGAAAAGUGUCGAUGCUUCUGACUAUGCGAAGACGGGGGAUAAGCUAACUGAGUUGUUGGACACUUUUGUUGAGGAAAUGGGUGAACAAAAUGUUGUUCAAUUUAUUACCGACAAUGGAAGUAAUUAUGUAGCGGCGUGUAAAAUAUUAACUUCCAAAAGGCCAAACAUGUUUUGGACUUCAUGUGCAGCCCACUGUAUAGACCUCAUGUUAGAAGACAUAGGAAAAAUUCCAAAGGUUGAUAAGGUUAUAAAAAAUGGAGUUAAGGUUGUGGGCUACAUUUAUAACCAUACAUUUGCUUUGAAUCUAAUGAGAAAGGUUAUCGGCAAUGUUGAAUUGGUUAAAAAUGGAGUGACAAGGUUUACUACAUCUUUCCUUACUCUACAAAGGUUGCAAGAAUUAAAAAGUAAGCUUAGAGAGAUGCUCACUUGUGAUGAAUGGGUGAGUUCCAAGUGUGUCAAGGAUGCUAAAGGAAAAAUGGCAACUAGUAUUAUACUUAUGGCAUCAUUUUGGAGUGAUAUUGUGUACACUCUUAAGGUCAUGACGCCUCUUGUAGAUAUGCUAAGAAUGGUUGAUAAAGAAAGAAAACCCGUAAUAGGUUACAUAUAUGCCGCAAUGAGGGUAGCGAAAGAAUCAAUUGAAAAAGCUUUUAAUUCAAAUUCAAGCAAGUACAAAGUCGUAUUUGACAUCAUUGAUAAAAGAUGGGAGUGUCAACUUCAUCAUCCGUUACAUUCUGCAGGUUACUAUCUCAAUCCUGCAUAUUAUUAUGAGAAACAAGAAAUUGAUAGUGAUCCUAAGUUGGUCAGAGGCCUCCGUAAAUGCAUUGAUACACUUAGUAAAAGUGAUGAAGUGGAAGACAAAAUUUCAAUACAAUUGGAACAGUACAAGGGUGCUACAUAUCUCUUUGGUAUAAGAGUGACAAUUAGACAAAGGUUGACAUUAGCUCCAAGUAAGAUGGUGUAA